UCAGACUUCUCUUCACACGAGAUCAGACACUAGGAAAGUGAGUUUGAGAAGUUUGGCCACAGUUCUCCUCCUCUUCACACCGCGCGCUCCGCCCGGUUCAGUGGGCCACAUCUCCGUUCUGCAGUCACAGCGCUCUGAUUGACACCCGACUGAAAACAUUUCUGAUGGACUUCAGCUGAGUUUAGAAGGACUGAGACAUUGCACGUAAGGUGUGAAGGCAAACGCAUUGACCGACUGAGAAAUGUCCCAUCGGCGUGUGGAGUCUCUCUGGAUGAAGCACCUUUGUGCGGGUGAUGUGGAGGAGAGUCAGGGUUUGGUGCCGAGGGAUGAACUGGCUGAGUGCAGCUGCGAUUCCCCUCCGGACGAGGACAGCGGCCCUCUCCAACGGCCAAAAAUCUCAACUUGGGAAGCGGGCUGGAACAUCACCAACGCCAUCCAGGGUCUCUUUGUGUUGAGUCUUCCGUUCGCCCUGCAUCAGAGCGGUUACGUGGGUCUGAUUGUGCUGAUCUCAGCCGCGCUAAUCUGCAGCUACACGGGGAAGAUUCUGGUGUCCUGUCUGUAUGAAGAGGACGAGAGCGGCUGUCCGGUCCGUGUCAGGAACACAUACGAGGACAUCGCCGAUGCCUGCUGCGGAAACAUCUGCCCCGGCGUCGGGGGGAAGCUGGUGAACGCCGCUCAGGUGGUGGAGCUCACCAUGACCUGCCUACUUUACCUGGUCGUCGGUAGCAACCUGAUGUGUCACAGCCUCUCCUUCCUGCCCAUGACCCCGGCGACCUGCUCCGUCAUCACCUUUCUGAUCCUGCUGCCCUGCAUGCUGAUCCGUGACCUGAGGGCGGUGUCACGGCUCAGCUUCCUCUGCUCACUGGCUCAGUUCCUCAUCACCUUCAUGGUGAUUGGCUACUGUCUCGGUCAGUCGGCGCGGUGGGCGGGCAGGGGUCUGAGUGCAGUGGCUGUGGACUUUGACGGGUUCCAGGUGUCAGUGGGGGUGAUCAUCUUCAGCUACACGUCUCAGAUUUAUCUGCCUCCGCUGGAGGAGAGCAUGACGGACAGACGGGACUUCAGCAGAAUGAUGGACUGCACUCACGCUCUGGCCUGCGUGCUCAAGACCGCUUUCUCUCUCCUGGCAUUCCUCACAUGGGGAGAAGAAACCAAAGAGGUGAUAACAGAUAAUCUUCCCGCGGCUGUGAGUAUGAUGGUGAAUGUGUGUAUGCUGGUCAAGGCUCUGCUAUCGUACCCGCUGCCGUUCUACGCCGCAGCAGAGAUCCUACAGAACAGCGUGCUGAAGACGGACACGUCAUCUGGAGACGUCACAGAGAGACAGACGCUGCUCCUGCGUGCCUCUCUCCUCAUCCUCAUCCUCGUGAUGUCACUGUAUGUGCCUCAUUUCUCACUGCUCAUGGGUUUGACGGGUAGCGUGACGGGAGCGCUCAUGACGCUCAUGCUCCCGGCUCUCUUUCACCUGCAGCUGAAGUGGACGCAGCUUCACAUAACACACAAACUUCUGGACGUGAUGAUAUUACUGCUGGGCUGUUUCUGCAGCAUCUCUGGCCUUAUCUGCUCCAUUAAAAGAAUUAUCACAGCGUUUGGAGACAAAUAGAGCAUCUGUCAGUCUGUUGAGUUAUCUUCACUUCCUUAUCCCUCUCACAA